AUGCCUGAGCAAAUCCGACAACAGUUGGAAAACAACAGCAUAAAUAUAAUGGAAAUGAAGAGCAAAGUAAGAACACCAACAGCAACAUCAACAUUUUAUUGCUAUUUUUGUAGUCGUCAUAUUUUAAUUACGUUUGUUGGCAUGACGCUACUAAUUGUGAAUUAUGGUGUAAACACAGUGCAAAUGUCAGCUGUGCCACACAGAAAUGGAAACUGUAACAGCAGCAUCUGUAGCAGUGGCAACAACGUAGUGUCAUCUAUAAACGGCAAUAACUUGGACAACAAAAAUAACAGCUCUGGAAAAGCUGUAUGGAAAAGAAAAAGCAUUCAAAAUAUUACAAACCUAAAUAGCAAUAGAAAUACAAAUUUCUUACACAUUGCUCUGCCAGCAAUGCCAACAGUUUACAAAGACAACAAGCAUGUUGCUGCUGAUGAUUCCAACGAUAAUUAUGCUGACAACAGCUACUACAGCAUGUACAUUCUUAGACACGACUUGAACAAUAAUACCAUAAAUCAUACGGAAACUGAUUUAGUGGCUGGACAAUUUGGAAAUUUUAGAAAAUCUCGUAUUUUUGGCUUAUUAGGUUCUAAUUUUUCAUUGUCUUACAAUUUAUCAUUGAAUACUGGUACUUCGGCGGGUAAUAUCACUGUGGUAGCUCCAGCCGCCGCACCUGCUUACUAUUAUGCCCCGGCACCAUACUAUCCCUAUGGCUAUUACAAUCCAUAUGCCUACAAUCCUUAUGCCUACAAUCCAUAUGCUUAUGAUCCAUACGCUGGCUACGGUUAUUAUGGCUAAUUA